AUGCGGCCGUGCUGUGUGAGCGCAAUUGUGCCUGCUGCUGUUGCGGUGGCGUGCGUGGCGUGGAGCUUGGCGCUGGUGACGACGACGACGACGGUGGCGGGCGUUCGUGGGGAGGCGGUCAUCGCGGAGGAUGAUGCUGGUGUGGUGCACAUCAACACGAGCGAACCGGCGAGCCAAUCCGUGUAUGUGAACGGGGUGGAUGUCGCGGAGCUGAUGGAUGUGGUGAGCAUGCAAGCUGGGACGCUGCAGGCACAGCAGCGGCGCGUGCAGGCCCUGUGCCAGAGGUUCAACCCGCCCAGCGUGGACACGACAUCCAUCCCAGACGCGGCGUCCGACCCGAGGUCUCGCGGGUGGCACGGCUUCGUGGCUGGGCCGGACGGCCUCCUGUACGGCAUCCCCUUUGCGUGGAACACAGUGCUCAUCGUGGACACGCAGACCAAGACCAUGGACCGAACGACCAUCAGCGGCGCAGAUGCUCCGGGCAACAAGUGGGGCAACGGGGUGCUUGACGUAGACACGGGCCUCAUCUUCGCCUUUCCGCACGACGCCGCCGCCGUGCUGAUCAUCAACCCCGCCACCAACGCCAUUGACACGAGCACCAUGGACGGGUUGCCCUCUGGUGGCGACAAGUGGCUGAGCGGCGUGCAGGCAGACAACGGGCUCAUCUACAGCGUGCCGUGGAGCGCGCCCAGUGUCCUGAUCAUCGACCCGAAGACCAACACCACGGACAUGUCCACGAUCAUGGGGCUUGGCCGCGAGUCCUUCAAGUGGUAUGGCGGGGCGCUGGCGCCCAGCAACGGCCUCAUCUACUGCAUCCCGCGCGCGGCUGCUGCCGUGCUCAUCAUCGACCCCAGCACCAACACGGUGGACAUGUCCAGCAUGGUGGUGGGCGCCGCUGGCGGCUCCAAGUGGACUGGCGGGGUGCUGGCGCCCAGCAACGGCCUCAUCUACGGGAUUCCCGCCAACGCACGUGCUGUGCUGGUGAUUGACCCGUCCACCAACACGGCCGACAACACCACGCUGCGCGUCCCUGUCACUGGUGGUGCCAGUGCUGCGAGCGGCGCUGGUGCAGAGGACAACGCCAGCCUGUGGUGGGGCGGCGUGCUAGCGCGCAACGGCCGCAUCCUUGGCGUGCCGUUUGCGGCGCAGUCCGUGCUGGUGAUUGACCCGGUCUCGCAGACGCUUGACACGACGACGCUGAGUGGGAUCCUUCCCGACAGCAACAACGACGACAAGUGGUGGGCUGGCGCCAUGAGCAACGGUCUCAUUGCCUGCACACCGCGCACAGGGGCUUCCGUCCUCUUCAUCAACCCUGGCUGCUAG